AUUUUUUUCCUAUUUUUUUCAAAUCGUAACGUGGAUUUUUGUUCGUCCAUGCUUUUGGUGUUUUUGGUCCAUGCUUUUCGCAGUCCCUAGUGCUCAUGCUAGUGCUUCAAGAAAUUUCAGGAUAAUGAAAGUAAAGUGUUGUGUUGCACAUUGUCCCAGCAAAAGUUAUGGGCCCGUAAUGUGUAACGUUUCUUGGCACAAAUUCCCAUGUUUGUGAACAAUGGAUUAGAGAAUUUUCCAAUAACUCAAAAACUGAAUUAAAGGAUGUUGUAGUAAAACACUUACGAAUAUGUAGUCUACAUUCAAAAAAGAAGAAUUAAAAAUGAGUGGCACGGGAAGACAUUAUUUAUUAGGAAAUGCUGUUCCUACAAUUUUUCAAUCAUAUGAAAAGAGUGUUGGCAGUAAUCCUCCACACAGAAUACCUUUUCAAGAGUUAAAUAGCAAUGUAGCACCAGGGAAAAAUAUUGAUAGCAUUGAAACUAUUGAUGAUCGAUCAGGUUUAAACUGGACAGAUGCAGAUGAGUGUCAUAUAACAUCAACUCCUCGGCCAGUGAGUCAGAAUACAAAACACGAAACAAGUGUUGAACCAGAAUCAUCUCUGCAUACAAACAAUGAGACUGAGAACUCCCAAACCAGACCUACUCAUGUGUUCGAAAAUCAAGUUAUACAAAGUAAAACAAAUAGUAACCAUGAAUCAUGGGCUGUAGCCGAUGCUACAACAGAUGCUGAUCAGGUUCAUACAAGUAGUGAGUCGCAUUUUCAUACAUCACAACGUCAAAGCAAGAAAUCAAGCGAAGCCAAUCUCAUUCGAAAACUCAGAAAUACAGUUUCUGAACUACAAAAAAAAAUUCAAAAGUUGGAAAAACUAGUGGCUCUUAAACUAUUACAAUAUGAGGAAGACAAGCAAUGCGAGUUUAAUGCCAAAGCAUCAUUCUUGCUCCAUCAAGUACUGAACUAUACUAAAGAGACACGUUGUGUCAGGUACGACCAAUGGACUAUCAAAUAUUGUAUAGCAAUUCAAGGGCGAAGCCCUACUAUUUAUGAUUUUCUUCGGCAUCAAAAUUUGCUAACACUUCCAGCCUUGAAUGCUCUCUACAGCUACACUGGACGAACAAAUGGAAGCGUAGGAAUAACGUCUGUAAACUUGGAGCGGCUUAAGGUAUUAUUUAAAACUUUGUCCAAGAGUCAUGAAAGAAGUAUCAGCUUAGAAGUGGACGAAAUGGCUUGUAAGUCAUUACUUCUUUGGAUCCAAUCCCGUCAACAAUUCGUCGGGGAAGUUGAUUUUGGAGGUGUUGAUGUUUUUGCACCAAAAAUGGACGAUGAGGGACUAGAUAUUUCGUACGGAUGUGAAGAUGCAGUCAUUGAUGAAGAUGUUGAAAAUGUUGUUGACGCUGAUGGUGGUAAAAUCUCGAAGAAUGCUGCAUUUAUGAAAAAUGAGUCAAGCAACACAAGUAAUGGACCUCCGGUGCUAGCAAACAGUUUGAUUAAUUUUGUCAUGACAGGUUUGACAACAAAAUUUACUUCUAUAGUUGGAACCUGGCCAGUUGCAAGGCUUACUGGUCGACAAUUAUUUUUUCUCACAAUUCACGUCAUCCGUACGCUUGAAGAUAUUGGGUUUACAGUAGAACGUGUAGUCGGUGAUAAUGCCAAAAUCAACGUUGCUCUUUUCAAACUUCUCAGAAAGCAAGAAGAUGAAGAACCCUUUCUAGUCACUCAUCCCAUUGAUUCUGCGAGAAAGCUAUUUGUGAACAACAGUUGCGCGCCGAAGAGCAAGAGGUCCACCGUAAGCUUACCGACAAAGGAUGGUACAUUAAAAGCUGUAUCCGUACCAUCGGAAUUAUCACAAAUUUAA